AUGAAUCCCAGAGUUGAAACGUCUGUGCCACCUGAAGACCUUCGACUGACUGGCUGUGACUUCUCCUUCUGUAUCGCAAAUUACUUUCACAGAACCUGUUACAUCACUUGUCAACCUCGACAGUUGUGUGAAACUCUUUCUCAGUCCCUCUCUGCUUCAACUUUUAUUGUGUCCAAUUCCUCGUCUUUCAGUCGUUCUUUUUUCUCUCUUACUCUCUCUCUCUUUCUCACUUUUCAUCUCACACUUUCCUUUAGUUUCUCUCUCUAUUUCCCUCUUUCUCUCUCUUUUAUUUCAUUUUAUUUUCGUUCCACUCUUUAUUUGCUAACUAUUCUGUCUUUUUUCACUCAUUCUCUCUCUCACAAUGUACCUCUCAUUUAUCACUCUCUUGUUCUUUUUCUCCCACUUAAUUUAUUGCUAAUAUCUUUUGUUACUGUCCCUUUCAUUUUUCUCUUUCCUCUUCACCUUCUUCUGCUUGGCAUUCUUCUCCUCCUCCUCCUUUUUCCACUUCAUUUUCUUCACCAUCUUCUUAUUCUUCUUCUCCUUCUCCUCCUCUUCCUUUUCUCCUUCUUCUUCUUCUACGUGUUGUUGUUGCUUUUCGCUUUCGCCUUCAACUUCUACUUCUUUUUCUUUAACGUCUACUUCUCUUUCUUCUUCUACUUGUUGCUUUUUUCCUUCUUCUUCACCUUCUUCUUUUUCAUCUUUUUCUUCUUCUUCAUUUUAUUCUCCACCUUCUUCACCCUGUUCUCAUUCUUCUUCUUUAUCUCUUCCUCCUCUUCUUCCUCUUCUCCUCCUCUUUCUUCUUCUUCUCCUCUUUUUCACCUUUUUCUUUGUUUUUAUUGUUCUUCUCCUUCUUAA